AUGAAGAUUCAGGGUCUGAGCCAGAAAGUUUUUACACUGAUGAAGAGUUUGAUUAUUGUGAUCGCCAGGAUCCGGCUGAAGACUGUGAAGAGUUUCCACUUCCGUCCACUUCUUCGGCUAGCACCUCCACUGCCUUUGUUCCCCACUUCACACCUCCAACACCUUCACUGCUCCCCUCCCCCACUUCCUCUUCAACAAGGGGCCAAACGACACGUAGAAGCGCAUCUACAGGCCGCAGCAGAUCUACAGGCCGCAGCAGAUCUGCAGGCCGCAGCAGAUCUGCAGGCCGCAGCAGAUCUGCAGGCCGCAGCAGAUCUGCAGACCGCAGCAGAUCUCCACCACGGCCCGGGCCUGCACUUGAUCAAGCCAGUUAUGUUUCGAGACCGGUACCAGAUCAUCUCCUGGAACAUCCACAUUAGCGACCCGGAGCAGGAUGUUGAAAAUGACCUGAAGAAAGGAACUCCCCAGCAUGAUAAACUAUUCAGACUAAAACCACUUCUGGGCACCAUUCUGACAGCAUGCAAAACAAACUUCCACCCAAGACAGCACAUUGCCAUUGAUGAAAGGAUGGUGGCAACAAAGGCCCACACAGGGAUGACGCAAUAUAUGAAGGCCAAGCCGACAAAGUGGGGUUUCAAACUCUUUGUCUUGGCAGACAGCAGCAAUGGCUAUACAGUGGACUUUGCUAUUUACACGGGGAAGUCCCAGUUUUCCUCCGGUGUGGGACUUGCAUACGAUGCUGUCAUUUCACUUGUAAAUUCCUCAUUCCUGGGCGGCGGAUACGAAUUGUAUGUGGACAAUUUCUACACAAGCCCAAAACUGUUCAUGGACUUGUUCAGUAUGAACAUCGGUGCUUGUGGCACAUACAGGGAGAACAGGAGAGGAUGUCCCCGCGUUGAAAAUAACUCUUUGAAAAAGAAAGAACAAAGGGGCACAAUGAGGUGGAUCAGAGAGGGCCCUCUGGUUUUUGUGAAGUGGAUGGACUCCCGUGAAGUUUCCAUCUGCUCCACCAUCCAUUCGGCUUUCGAAGGUGAAACGGUAAGACGGCGCUUCAAAGACAAUGACGGCAAAUGGGUCACCCGGGAUGUUACAUGCCCUCGGCCAGUUGUUGAGUACAAUAAGCAUAUGGGAGGAGUUGAUCUGUCAGAUCAACUCAUCCAGUACUACACCAUUCGCCACUCCACACCAAACGCUGGAAAAAGCAGAAACCCCGAUGUCUCAUCUAUGUUUUCUGGAGGAGCUGACAGCCCAGCUGUGUGGUGUGUCGGCGACUGUGCCUCCUGUGAAAGCCCCAGCAGAACACUUGCCAGUCCCAAUAUCACAGCAGGAAGACCCAAGCAGGCGGGCCUCAUAUGGGAGAAGAAGCUGUAUUCACUGUAG